ACAUGGCACCCCUCAACUCACCUUUGUUUCACUGUUCAUCGCGAAGUGACGAAAUCGCGAGUGAGCCGGACCUGCCACACAUCUCCUUCUGUUCGCAAGUUCAAUUCGCCCGUUGAGCACAUGGAAUCCCUGCUUUAGCUUGCACGCAGAGCGCGAUUUGCCAUUCACUCUCUCUUGGUUCGACAGAAGUGUCAGCACGCCGGCGCUUCCACUUCGUCGGGAGUGAAAUCCCCGGGAGAAUAUCAGCGCUCGUUGAUUUUGCACACUCGCAGUUCCCUUCCCGCUGCGCAGACGACUCUCCCAUUUCAGUCGCUUGUCACACCACGCAGACACGGAGAGCGCAGCACAGGGCCAUCACGGCUUCACCAGAAUCACCGCCAAGACAAACUCUGCUUAUUUCAAUACAAUCUAGCUGCACUACCCAGGAUUGGUUGCUGACGGACGAAAUUGACCUCUACAGAGAAUACUAUGCCAUCGAGCCACUAGACGAGCCUUUCUGGCCGAGAAAACACAGGUCACACAAGCACUCUGCCACACACUCUCCAGAAGUAUCGGCGUCGUCAAUUUUGUUUCGCACCUUUCAGUUACUGCUCUGUGGUAGUUCUACAUUCCCAUUUGGCAGGAAGCAUUCAGACCACUUCUCCUUAUUCUCUGCGGCUGCCUCGAGACAUUAGACUCAAGUGCAGCAGGUUGCUUGGGUAUAUGGAGGAUGCUCCCUCACGAUUGCAGCAGUCUGGUCUCCUUGCUUUGGAGUUUUCUGAAUUGAGUAUACUUGUGAGGAACUUACAGCUGUAGGUGCAUAAGCAGAAAAUGUUCCCUACAUGCAACGAGACAGAAUACUGCUCAAUACUGAAGCAAAUUUCACGGAGCACGUUGUUGCUUACUGUGAAAGGAAUGAUUCUGCCAAUUUUCCUAUAAAAAAAAGGUCUGUACAUAAAGGAGCUGUGUUACAGCAGAGAAUCAAGCCACAGCGAAUGGGCUCUGGCCUGGGGAAUAGGCCGACUUAGCCCACGGUGUAUCGAUGCGGAUGUUCGUAGGUGGGGAAGGUACAUGUUCCCAGAUUUGUUCUGAGACAUUAUAACCAACGAUCUCCACCUUUAACUUAGAAGCAUUACUCCAACUACAAAUGUAGAUGUGAUUGUCAUCCGACACCAGAGUUCUAGACGUACCUCGGAAGAUAUCAAAUGGACUCCGGGACACCUCUUCAAGCUCCAGGGUCUCCAGACAAACGCUGUGGAUACAUGCUCGAUACCGAAGACGUAAGGAUUUUAUAAAUUUCCUUGCAUUCCAAAAAGAGAUUCCCUCGAAAUCUUCUUCUAUGUCCGUCUCCACUUCUGGUUCCUCUGUGAUAACUACCAACAUAAGUUUGGUGCCACAAAGAAGCAAACCAGCCAUAACGAAUUUCUUGUUCUCCACCGGAAUGGAAUUAGGAGACAACGCCCAAACAUUUUCCUCCGUAUUGUACUUGUAUAGCAUCACAUGUGCAGGAAGUAAGAGGUCAAAAAUUCCGCAUGGUCCCUUCCUUUCUUCUGGGCCCACACAGUACAUGUUCCCACCGAUAUGUACAGAAUACGUUGACAAGCUAAAAUCCCCGUCCAUCACCCGAACAUUAUAAGAAGAGGAUUUGCUAGUCCAAGUUCGUGAAACAGAGUCGAAGAUGUGAAUCUCCAGUUGAACACCGUUGAGAUACAUCUCAGCACACGAUCUGGCUCUGUUCGAAUCGUAAACCAGAAGUUUGUAGUCAGCCGAUCCCGGCUCAUUUAUCAGGAGAACCUGCGGGUUGCAGGACAACUCUAGCUCCAAUGGAGACACUGUGGUCUUCCAGCUUCCCGUUUGUAUGUUCGCCACUAAAAUUGCGAGGAGCGAUUGACCCAUGUCAGUAAAUGGCAUAUGUACAUCGUACGUACAGAAAAGUGAACCUCCAAAUUCUAUCCUCCUGCCGGUGGCGCAGUCCGAAUGAAAGCGAUCCAUAGGGAUGUAUGCACUCAUGGGAACAUUUUCCCAGUUGGUCGUGUUUUGAUUGUAGCCCAAGAGAUCUCCUUCAGAAGUCAUGAAGAUGGGGCAGAAAGUGGGCCAUCUACAGGCGGCGAUGCUGAGUUCAUACAGAAACGGAGACUGGAGUUGCUCUGCACGCAGAGAAGCGAGGGAAAACUUCCGACGCCAGGACCUACACAGGGUCCGCCCUUUGAACACAUCAGGAAAAGGAGCAAGAGCGAUGAUUUUCUCUAUCAGUUCCAUUGCUUUCUCAUUCUGCACCUGUAAAAAACCUCGAUCCCUUCAACCACGCUGGAGAAUAUUGUCGACCCUGAUUCUGCACAAGCCAACACAAUCAAACGCAUCCUCAGUGACAGUCACGUCAAAAUGUGAGCCACGUGAAACUCCGGCAAACCCCGGGGCUCCUACAUCCAGUGAGAGCAACCACGGCGCUGGCAACGAGUCACGGGAGCCGAGAGACGAUGCGGUCACUGCCUGGGCUUCCGACAGUAGUGCUCAUAUCAAACUCCUCCCAUGACCAAGCAAAGGAAACGUCCCAAAUCAGCGCUCCAUCGCUCCGUCUGAAAUACAGAGUGCAAUCCCAGCAGCGAAGAAGGCGGGAAGGCCAGCUGAGCAUUCCAGCGUGUGGCCAAAACCCUAGACACUUCGUCCGUGAGCGGGAUUUAAUUUCCAUUAGCUUGCACGGUCGGUACCUCAGACUGUAGUAGCCAAGCAGCAGCACCGUGUAGUGACCAGCACCGUGUAGUGACCUCCUAAAUCAUUUGUCCAUGCGCGUCAAUACUUAUUAUUCGCCAAUGUGGUAAGAACUAAACAUGCAAUUCAGGUAUAUAAAAGAAAUAUUGAACUCUAAGCAAUAAUGUAUAGUGAACUUCUCUAGUUUUGUGUUGUGUGCACACCCUGGCUACUCAUCAAACGGAGCCAUCAAACGCGAGUGUGUUUUCUGCAGUUUUCACUCGAAGAUACAAAAGCCGAAUGUCCGCAGGGAAACACAAUAGAUUCUUAAUUGCUUAAUCUUGUCCCCAGCAUGGGCUACCUAUUCAUUAGUGCUCUACACACCGCGAGUUUUCACUCAAAGCUUUAUUC